AUGUCGAGCUGGACAUCCUGGAUCGUCGGCAAGAAGGACAACAAGAACAAUGCCCGCGAUGCGAUCGUCGGGCUGCGGAGCCAGCUCCUCAUGCUCGAAAAGAAAGAGGAGCACCUCAACAAGAAGAUCGAAGACGAGCUCAGAAAGGCAAAGGCAAACGUAUCCACAAACAAGCGAGCGGCCCAGGCGGCGCUAAGGCAGAAGAAGGUCUACGAAAACGAGCUCGACAAAAUCGCAGGCACGCGGAUGACGCUCGAGACCCAGGUCAACGCCAUCGAGAGCGCAAACAUGAACUUCGAGACGAUGCAGGCAAUGAGGCAGGGAGCAGCGGCACUCAAGUCGAUCCACGGCAGCAUGGACAUCGACAAGGUCGACGCGACAAUGGACUCGAUCCGGGAGCAGAUGGACAUCACAAACGAGAUCUCGGAAGCCAUCUCGAAUCCGGUCAACAUGGGCCACGACCUCGACGAGGACGAGCUGCAGAACGAGCUCGAGGAGCUCGAGCAGGACGAGCUCAACAGCAGACUGGUCGGCGCCGACUCUGUGCCGCUGCACUCGCCCGCCAUCACCUCUGGCCCUUCGCGCGUCUCGAGCGGGCCGGAACGCAGGCAGGCCGCCGUCGAGGACGACGACGACGCCGAGCUCCGUGCGCUGCAGGCCGAGCUGGCGAUGUGA